UUAGAAUUUAUCAUCUUUCUUCUCCUUUAGUUUACAGUUGAAUACUUCAGCUCAAAAUAAACAAAAAAAGAAAAAAUAUUCUGCUUUCAUUGGAUUUUUUUUUUUGUUUUAAUUUCUUUUGAAUUCUGUCAAGUGCCAAUUUACCAGUUUUGAAAUCAUUUGAUAAAAAGAUGGCAUGGGUUUUACUGUUGAUUCAUUUACCAAGUUUAUUUUUCAUCUUAAUCAAAUUGAGACUGUGUAAUUAGUACACUGACUGUUCCCCGCGCAUCCCAGCUAGUCAUGUUACUGAUAACACCACAAAAUCUUUUAUUUUUGCCUUUUCUUCGCCUGUCAAUUACUAUAUGCUGUAUCCUGUGAAAAACACUCAGCUUCAGUUACACUAGUUUGAAAUAGUGCUCUUAUUUUCAUCUACUCCAAAAUUCGCCACAUGUUUAUCUUCUCCCAUGUGGCUCCCCAAUAUAAUUUCCAGUUUGGCUAGGUUUUAUUUGUAAGGUCCUAGAAACAAAUUGCAAUUUUUCCUUUUAAAAAAAUAAAAAAAAUGCAAGAGGUUCGUUGCUUUUGUGAAGUUGAAUUUGCUUAAUCAUAUAGUAUUGGUGAAAUGUAGAAAAUGCAUUCAUCUUUUUUUCUUUUUCCGUUGCGCUGCUUUUGACAAGGGAAUCGAUAUUUUGAAUUUCAACUCUAUCUAUAUUUUUGUUGUGAGCUAUGCAGAAAAAUGCAAUCAUAACUUAUGUUCAGUGGUCUAGUUGUUCAUACUAGUGAUGUUUCUAUCCUGAAAGAAAUGCAAUAUCAGAUACUAGGGAAGAAUGUGCCUCGGAUUGAAUAACUGAGUGCAACAUUCUUGUAGCAAUUAUGAUCUUCCUACCCUGUUCCCUCAGAUCCCACUUCUUGUCAGCAAACUGUAGGAUGCACAUAGUUGUUGUCUGUUAAACAGUAGGUUGGUUAUGAAACUAAUUGGAGGUGCUGGUGGUGUGCUUGUCACUAAAAGAACAUACUUGUUGUCUGUUAUUACUUAUAUCCUGUAUAUGUUCUCUGUUCUUAAACUUGUGGUUUGUGGAAAUGCCCCUUUCCUUAUUUGUUCAAAGAAUUUCCUGCUGCAUUUUUUCAUUUCAUUCCAUUCUUCUAUUGGUCGGUUUUGCUUCUUAUUCCAAUAUUUUGGCUCUCAGUCAUUCUUUGUAGCUUCUAAUGACAAAUGACUCGGAACAUGGUACUCUAGUAUCAGUUGAUAAUACAUUUGGGAAGCUUCCAGAUCAUCUUCUGAUAGAAAUUUUCAUCAGAGUUCCCGUAUCAGAGUGGGCCUGUAUAUCUUCUGUUAAAAAGCAGUGGGCAAAUAUAUUUCGUGGAGAAUGCCUGUGGCAGGCUGCUCUUAACAGAACUUAUCCUUGUGCAGGCCAAACUAAAAGAUGGCCUGGACCUAUACCUCGAGGGUUGAGCAGAAGGAGAUAUACAACUUUAUAUGUUAGCAAACACAUCUUUGCUCUAGAUGGUGAGAUAGAUGAGAUUGUGGGCCAUGCUUAUCUGUUUCUCAAAGAACAGCUUGAACUUUCUACCAUGCCAAUUCCUUCUGGCAUUCUUCACGGAACAAUAAUAGAUCAGUUUAUUGCUUGUGGGAAACCAAGAGAUACAGCCCAUGAGCUUGCUUCCCAAAUCUGGCUUGCUGUUCUUGACCAUUUGGAGGAAAAUGAGCACACAUUUCUAUUACUUAAACGCCUUGCACAAGAGGGGGAUGUUUUUCUUCCAUAUCCAUAUACAAAAUCCAUUAAGGUACAGUGGAGGGUUUACGAAAAGCUAUUCACUGAUUUCCGGGACUGUUUCAAUCACGUAGAUUAUUAUGAUGUAUUGUCUUGUGCAAAGAACAAGUUCCAGCCGAUACCCUCAGCUUGGCUGGGUUACUAGAUCACUUCUGAAGUUUAUUUCUCAGGACCACACUGUAUGUGCAUAUUAAUGUAACUUGCCACAAGUUCUAUCAUUUGCUAUUUUGCAACAUAAAAGGAACUGUAUAUUUUUGCUUGCCGGUUCUUUCUUUCUCAUUUCUGAAAAUGCAAUAGUCCUAUUAGAACACA